AUGUACACACGGCGCCAGGUGGUCCCGUCACUGUCUUCAGUGUCUUGGAGAGAUCGUGGCUGUCUGAGGUCAGUGGUGGGUUUCCCCCAUUCGUUUCCAUGGUUGGCUGCCGAAUCGGAACCUAUCCAACGCCGCCCUCAAGCCCGUCGAGCCCGUCGAGCAACGGAUCACUCGCCGAGUCUGUCGAUGCGGAGGACCAUCUUGGAUUCUUGA